AAAACAUAAUAGAUAAUAGCGUAUCUUUUUGGAUGACCAACGCAUUAGACUAGGAUAUACUACAGGUCUUCCAAAAUCACAGCAAAUUCCGAAACAUUCCGGAGGAAUUAUUGGACCUCAAGUGUAGUUAGAGGUCCCGAGGAACUGCUAUGAACACAGUCCAAAUUCUCACUGCGGCAGUGUGGAUAUCCGCCCUAGUAUCUGUAAAAGGUAUAACAGUUAAUUCAGAAGAUGGAUGUUCUAUAGAUAAGUAUGUAGUCUGUGAUGAUAAUGCUAAUUGUGAGGACACUUCCAAUGGGACAGUAACCUGUACGUGUAAGGGAGAGUACCAGGGGGACGGGCUGAAGGGGGACAACCACACGGGCUGCAGACUUCCGGGUGACCACCAUCCUUGCACAAAUGAAACAGAGGCAGAGGAAUGUCAUUCCUAUGCUGUCUGUUCCCCUGGUGGAUACUGCGAGUGCAAAUCUGGAUACAAAGGCGAUGGAAAGAAUGAUUGUAAAGAUAUUGAUGAAUGUGCUACGCUUCAUCCGUGUCACGUUAAUGCAAACUGUCAGAACCAGUUAGGGACAUUUCAGUGUGUUUGUAAGGCAGGUUACAGGGGAGAUGGUUUUAAUUGUUCAUUUUAUUGUAAACAAAAUGAAGACUGCCACAAUGAUGCUGUGUGUGUUGACAAUGAGUGUGUUUGCAAAGGAGGUUACUCUGGGAAUGGAACACACUGUACAGAUAUUAAUGAAUGCGACUUAAAAACCUACACCUGUGACCCAAAUGCAGACUGUGAAAAUAUAGUAGGCAGUUAUUUUUGUGUGUGUAAGCCAGGGUAUACUGGUAAUGGAAAAACUUGUACAGUAUUGCCUAAGAACUGUGAUGAAAUUUUACAAAAAGAUAAAAAUUCCAAGGAUGGUGUGUAUACAAUAGAUGCAGAUGGUACUGGCCCUUUGUUAGAGUUUCAGGUUUACUGUGAUAUGCGGCCUGAUAUUGGAAUCACCAUCAUGAACACCACCACCCCCACCACCGUAAUUACUCAAGGUCAGCCAGAGGUCAACAUUACCUACAAUGCCACACUGCCACAGAUCACCAAGGUCACAGAGAUCUCUAAUUUCUGCUAUCAAUACAUGGGAACAACAUGCAGAAACCAAGCCAAAACACUGGAUGGUAAUGAUUACUGGGUAGAUGGUAAGGGAAACCAGCACAAAACAUGGGGUGGAGCAAUUUUUGAGGGCAAGUGUUCAUGUGGGCAGCUGCGUUAUUGUGAAACAAGACAAGCCAACUGUAACUGCGAUGGCACACGAUCUGGAGCUAAGGACGAAGGGAAAAUUUUGGACAAGAAUCAGCUACCCAUACAGACAGUAAGGUUUGGUCUGGAUACCUCAUCCCAGAAAAUGGAUGUAGAGAUUGGGAAUGUGGUGUGUGGACCCAAACCAUUUGACUUCCCAAUAGACUGUGAUGAUGCCAAAUUUAACAAUCUGUAUAAAGUGAAAAAAGAUGGAGCUCAGAUUAUUGAUAUUGAUGGCCCUGAUGGUCCCACAAAUCCAGUCCUUGUCCACUGUGACAUGGAGUCCUACCCACAUGUGGGGAUCACAGUUAUUCCCCAUGAUAACUAUGACCCAGUGACACCUACCACCCCUGGACAACACACCCUGACCUAUGUUAUAGACAAACCUUCCAUCCUGAAGAUUAUAGAGGAAUCACCAUUCUGUAGACAGGAUGUGGAAUAUUCCUGCACUGAUUCCCGACUGAUGAAUGGUGGGGACAAGAAGGGCUAUUUUACUGACAUUAAUGGGGUGGUGAAGGACUACUGGCCUGGUGGAAUGGGAAUAGCAGGAAUGUGUGGAUGUGGUCUAACCAAGUCUUGUGCCGAACCAGACAAAAAUUGUAAUUGUGACACAGUGGAUGGAACACCUAGGAAAGACAUUGGUGUGGUCAGCAAUAAAGGGGAUCUUCCAAUAGGCUCUGUGUCCUUCAGUGACAUUGGGGGAAGCAAGUCUGGAGAGUAUUAUGUGGCAGCCCUCAAGUGUAGUCGACAGGAAUUUGGAUUUGAGGUCAAUUGUCAAGGCUAUCUGAAUCAAGGUCAAAACUACAGUUAUACCUACAUGAUAGAUCCCGAUGGUCCAACUCCGAGGGACAAAUCAGACCCCACCAAUGUGGCCCCUUUCCCAGUGGAGUGUAAGAUGCAGGUGGAACCACCACAUGCAAUAACAAUUGUCCAUCAUGAAUCAGAAUCAGAGCAAACUGUAAUAGGAGGAAAUAUAGUUUUCAAGUAUCGCUAUGCAACUGAUGAACAACUUAUAAAGCUCAGAGAACGUUCAGUGUAUUGCUCACAGUCUGUUGUCCAUAAAUGUAUAAAAUCUCCAGUGUUUGCACAAGAUGGUUCCUCCAUUGGUUACUGGGAGGAUUUGAGUGGCUCAAAGCAUCACUACUACACUGGCAAGGAGGGGGAGGGAUGUGCUUGUAAACUCUCCCAGAGCUGUACAGGCGGCUCCAAUACCAAGUGUAACUGUGACAUCAAUGAUGCCAUUCCCAGGAAUGACACAGGAACACUUAUUAACAAGGAGGAUCUUCCAGUUAAGAGCAUGUCCUUCAGUCUCAGUGGAACUUCAUCUGUUGACAUUGGGCCUUUGAAAUGCCUUGAGGUGUUCCCUACCUGUUCUGAUUUGUACUUCUUUAUGGCGGGUAAACGCUUGAAGAGUGAGAAUAUGGUAAAGAGUAACCGUGACUACACGGUGGAUCCAGACGGACCUGGAGGGGUGGAGCCUUUUGCUGUCAGCUGUCAUUUCCCGAUGACCGUUGUCAAAAUUGGUCCUGGUUACUUUAACUACACAUUUGGCAAACCUGGAGAUUCCCCAGUCACUAAAUGCUUUAACAUAGAGUAUAAACCAGAUGUUUCACGAGAACAGAUACAGGCUUUGGUCGCACAAUCCAGUCACUGUACACAACAUCUCAGAUACACCUGUACUAAUGCUCCUAAGACAGGCAAAGUUACCUACAGCACCUGUGAUGGAAAAGACCAGCCAGGUUGGGGGGGAUCCGGGGGUAUGGACAUGUGUGCCUGUGGAACCAGUGGAACAUGUGCUGGACCAGCAGGGGCCAAAUGUAACUGUGACCUGGAAGAUGGACAGUCCCGUGGUGAUGAUGGGUGGAUCUACGACAAGACCCGCCUCCCUGUGUGUGAAGUUUGUCUCACACUGGACCCCACCACCCCAGAGGCACCUAGUCGAACAGCAGCUUAUGUAGUCUCCAACCUACACUGUAAUAGUGGACCUAUAGGAAUGUAUAGUUCCUGCCAGGCACGAAGAAAUUCUGGAGAGUCAAAGAAUGCCACCACCUAUGUAGACCCUGAUGGUCUAUGGUCUGGGGAACCAGGAUUCCCAGUGUACUGUUCAUAUGUUCCUCAUCCACCUCUUGGAUUCACAGAAAUUCGACCCAAGGAACCAGUGAUAACAAUAGAGUUUGUUGGGGGAGACAUAGAGAUCUUGUAUUACGUAUUCAACCUUACUCUGGUACACAUGCUGGUUGAGAAAUCUGUGUACUGUGAACAAGAAAUCUAUGUUCUCUGUAAUGGUGCCCCAGAGCCGAGUGAAGAUCAGGGGCGCAAAAUGACUGACUGGGAAGCACAGGUUGAAGGUGGAGGAAUCCAGUGUAAGGCAGGCAGUUGUAUCUGUACACACGAUGGAACUGAGGUGUAUGGAGGCAUCAUUGCUGUUCAGGAUCUCCUUCCCGUGAGCAAGAUUAAUCUGCCUCAGUCUACACAGAAAAGAAAACUCAGCACAGGGGCCAUGAAGUGCUAUGAUGUGUACCCUGAUUGUAAUGAGAUCAAGAUUGCCAAAAUGGCGAAGAACCCACUGGGAAACAAUCUCUAUGCUAUUGACCCAGAUGGUGCCGGGGGAGAAAAACUUUUCCCAGCUUUCUGUGAUUUUAAAACCAAUGAGAAGAUAGGAAUCACUGAAAUUCCUAUUGAAGAGCCAGGUGUGUCAUUUAAGCUGAAAAUUACUGGAAAGCCAGAUCCUGAGCAGAACAGACACUCCAUCCUGUAUCCUGACGCCACACCUGAACAGAUUCAUCAGCUGACCACCAGAUCCUCAUUCUGUCACCAGGGUAUCCAGUACGAGUGUGUAGAAAGUCCCCUCUCACCUAACUAUGGUUACUAUGACAUCUACAAUGGGACAAAGGUGUCCAGUUUUGGUACAGGGUAUGCUUCCUCUACAGAGGGCUGUGCAUGCACACUGACCGGCACCUGUCCAGAGGGGAAACUAUGUCACUGUGAUGCUAAAGGUAGUAUGGUAUCUUAUGAUGUGGGGGAGGUGACUGAUGGAAGUGUAAUGCCGGUGACAGAGGUCAGUUUUGGGGGACAGACUACUAGCACUGCCACUGCUACUGCCACCUUGACCAAUGUUAGAUGUGGUCCUCCCGGGGAGACAUUUGACUUACCAAAGGACUGUGAAGAUGCCUAUAAAAUGAAAUAUAAGACAGGAGAAGUUAUGAUCUGGCCAACUGCUACCGUCAAACCGUUCUUUGUGUACUGUGAUAUGGAGCUGGUACCCAACCAUGGUGUGACAAUCAUUGGUAAUGACAGGGAGGUCCCCACCCCAGUGGACGGAACCAAGGUCGUUACUGUGACCUACAACAAUGUCACAGAGAAACAGGUGGAAUCACUGACACAUAUCUCUUCCUUCUGUUUCCAACCAGCCAAAUAUGACUGCUACAACACAAUGUUCAUUGGAAGUAACUUGUUUUCCUGGGUUGGAGGCAAUAUUCAGGACAAUAGUUUCCUGGGUAUUGGUGGAGAGGGACAGUGUACAUGUGCCAAGUCUCAGCAGUGUGGAGGCAAUGUCAGUGAGGCAGUGCUUAGAACCAGGAAGUGUAAUUGUGAUGCGGCUGAGCUUCAGUGGAGGAGAGAUGGAGGAGUCAUUAAUAGUACCAGUAAACUUCCAAUGAAAACCCUCAACUUCCUGGACAGUCAGCGAGAGGGUGCAAAGGGAGUCAUCACUCUUGGAAAACUCUACUGCUCACAGGUGGACUUUGAUCUGGAUGAAUGUAAGAUGGACUUUGAUGACUGUGAUUCCAAUGCUGUGUGCAUUAACAAAUACGGAUCAUUUGGUUGUAAAUGUAAGGCAGGCUACAAUGGUUACCCAGAACAACCAGGCAGAUGGGCAAAUGGACGCAAUUGUUUUGAUGACAAUGAAUGUGCUCUUCUGAGGUGUCCCCACUCUGCUAUUUGUACUAACACCAUUGGUUCCUUCAAGUGCACCUGUAAGCCUGGCUAUAUACAGACAUCUCCCACCACUUGUCAGGACAUCAACGAAUGUGCAGACCCCAAUCUCAAUGACUGUGACCCCAACGCUAAAUGUUAUAAUCUGGAGGGAACUUUUGAGUGCCGCUGUAAGCGUGGAUACAGAGGAGAUGGCAAAACCUGUGAAUCUGUUGGUCUGUGUUCCUGUUUUGGUGAUCCACACUGUAUCUCCUUUGAUCAGAAGUGGCUCCAUUUCCAGGGUGACUGCCAGUAUGUUAUGUCUCAGGAUGGUUGCCACGGUACCAGCCCAACCUACCAAGUUCUGACCACUCACUGGAACCAGGACCGCCCUGGUGUGAAUCAUGUCACCUGGGUCAAAUCUGUCACCAUCAAACUACCAGGAUAUACAAUAGAGCUCUUACAGAACCAUGAAGUGAGAGUUAACCAGCUGAAGAGAACACUGCCCUAUAAACCAGAAGGGAGGUUACUCAUCAGACGUUAUGGAAGCUGGGUGGAGGUGUACAGUGAGCUAGGAGUCCAGGUGAACUGGGAUGGGUUCCAGGCCGUUGAAAUCCAAGUAACAAAGAGUUACCAGAACCAGACCUGUGGCUUGUGUGGAGACUACAACCAGAAUCCAGACGAUGACUGGAGGCUUGGACCAGCAUGUGAUGUCACAGGAGAUAUUACAACUAACUUUAAUAAGUUUGGAAACUCUUAUGUGGUAAAGAGUUAUGCUGACAGUAAUCCCCAGUGUACGUUUGAUUGUUACUCCCCACCAGAAGAACCCGAGUGCCAGGAAACGGACCGACAAAUCGCCGAGUACUACUGUAACCAAGUAUUUGACCUCAAUGGAAAACUGAAGUCCUGUUUAGCGAGAAUGGAAACAGCCGAUUUAGAACAAUAUAAGACAUCCUGUGUGUAUGAUGUUUGUUGGGUCAAGGACAGCAUCUGUAUGAUUGCCAGUCAGUUGGUCAAGGAUUGUCAAAACAACUACGGCCUCAACCUUACAGACUGGCGGUCACCUAAACUCUGUGAGAAAUCUUGUGAGGAAAACAUGGAGUAUUUGACAUGUGCCAAAUCAGAUCGUAUGAAGACCUGUGCAGAUGUAAUGGGGUCUAUAGCCAUCCCCACCCAGGAUCUCUGUCAGGAGGGGUGCUACUGUAAAGAGGGGAUGGUGCUAGAUGGAGACAGAUGUGUCGAGGAGAAAGACUGCGGCUGUAAUUACAAAGGGGAAUAUUACACUGCUGGGCAGGCAUUGAUUCCAGAGGGGUGUACUGUUACCAUGGUGUGUAACGAGGAAACCAAGAAGUUUGACUCGACCCCAUUAAAAUGUCACUCUGAUGCCUCCUGUAAAUACAAGGAUGGUAUCUACGGCUGUCACUGUAACUACAUGUACCGAGGAGACGGACAGAACUGUACUUAUGACCCAUGUGGUAACAAUCCUUGCGGUGCUGAUCAGGCCUGCGUGGUGACUGACACUGGUUUUGUGUGCGAGUGUAAGAUGGGUUACCAAGGAGACUGUAACAAUUGUGAAGAUAUUGAUGAAUGUGCCACAAAGACAGAUAAAUGUCCAGAUAAUUCCCGCUGUAUCAACACCCCGGGGUCUUACAGGUGUGAGUGCUGGUCAGGAUUCACUAAGACUGGGGACAUCUGUGAAGAUAUAGACGAAUGCAAGAUUUCCAGCCUGAAUAAGUGUAACUCCUCUACUAAGUGUUUCAACCGUCCAGGAGGCUAUCAUUGUGAACCAUGUGAUGAUACAACAGCUGUUAAAUGUUGUGCCUGUUAUGGAUAUAGAUGCAAUAAACCUGGCAAAGUCUGUGGAACAGAUGGUAAGACUUACAAUGCAGAGAAAGACCUGAUUGUGGAGGCCUGUGAGACAGGACAGAGUGGUUAUAAUGGUCUGAGAGUGGACUACAAAGGACCAUGUAUAGAUGCAUGUCAAGACCAGUGCCCUAAAUGGCAGAAAUGUCGUAUUGAUGAUAACGGCAAACCAACCUGUGAAUGUGAGGCUUGUAGUGCCGAGGAAACACAGCCUGAGAGUCCAAAAGUCUGCAGCAAUAUGCUGGAUUUGUACCCCAACAUGUGUGUGUUUAAGAAGGUCAUGUGUAUGCUAGACUUGGAACAUGUGCCCCUGAAUUCAACAACUCCAUGCUAUGAUAAAUCUGGAGAACCAAUGACAUCAGAUUGGUCCCCAUGGAGCACUUGCAGUGUGACCUGUGGGGUGGGGACCCAGUCAAGAACUCGUAAACCAAACCGUGAUUUUGAUGCCUUCCUUGCUGGCAAAUAUCCCCUGGAAGAUGUCAAGAAAUGCUACAAAGACCCAUGUCCUGAUGGUCCUUGCUACGAGUUCAACUGCACCCUGUCAUCCCAGGAGUGUGUCGUUAUUGCGGACACGGCUAAAUGUCAGUGUCCAGAGUGUAGUGACAUGGAGGAGGAUGAAGUGUGUGGUAGAGUGGGAACCAAUAAAACAACAUACAAGAACCCCUGUGAGGCCCAGCAAGACGCCUGCAAUAAGAGUCUUCCCCUCGACAUCCUCAAUGUGGGAGAAUGUGGAGUGGAACCUCUAAACUGUACACGAGUGCCACACAUGAUUACAAUAACUAGUGAUGAUGGCUGUGUAUCCAGCUCUAAGAUAAAUGUAGCCAAGUGUGAUGGUGGAUGUGGGAAAUAUUCCACCCUCUGUUGUGACAAGGCAGUCACCAGUAAGGAGGAUGUAGCUCUUAUCUGUCCAGACAACAGUGUCAAACAUCAAAAGGUGGAUGUCAUAGUGGAAUGCAAGUGUAAACCCGCUCCUAAACCUGCACCAUAACUGCUUCUUGGAGGAUUCAUGAAUUCACUUUCAUUUGACUUUUUUGUCACAAAACUUUUCAGCGCUCUAAAAAUUUACUUAAAACACUUCCAAAAAAGUUAUAAAUAUUCCAGUUCACUGAAUAUUGUUACUUGCAAUUAAAAGAAAAAAUAAGCUUUAAAUCCUUUGUCAGAUAUUUCAGAAUUGGCAAAUUAUUUCACGGUUGACAUAUCUGCAAUUUUGUUCCAGUGAAAUAGUUUUUUUGUUAACGAGAUUCAGACAUUAUUUAUUGGUGACUUGAAAUUCAAAAACAGUUUUUUUUUGUGAAUUUUCUUUCCAUUGGUGGUAAACAGAAAUUUAGAUUAUGAACCUUUGUCUGAAAGGAAAGUCUAAUUAUUGAAUUUGGGUUGCUGUUUCGUACUUAUAUCCAUUGCAACAUCAUAAUGAAAAUUUUACAGAAUUCAGUUUGUCCAAAAAAUUUGCAUAGAAAAACAUCAUUUUGAUAACAUUUCUUGUUAUCCUAUUUUGAUGACUUUUUUUUAAAAAAGAAAAAAUAGAGCAUGGAUUGACAAUUUUUAUCAUCAAAAAUGUAAUUCUAAUAAAAAGAAGAAAAAAAAAUAUAUUUAGAAGAUGGGAAAGUUGUAGUCAUCCUGCAAUUGAUAGCAGUUUCUUUUACCUUUAAUUCCUUUAUUUAUAUGAAAAUAAUACCAAAAUAGUGCAGGAGCAGUAUUUGAAACUGUGAUUGAUAACUGCAAAGUACUUACAUGCAUUUAACAAUGUAUUUAAAAGGGCAACUAAAUAGUUUUCAUUCUUUUACCUAAUGAUGUUAUGAUACUAGAUGUAAACUGUUAAAUAUUACAUGUUUCACUUUCCUGUUUCUAUAUUGUUAUUACAAAUAAACAAUAUGUUAAAGAG